AUGUCGGACAGCGACCUCGAAGCCAUCCGGCACGCCCGUCUGCAACAGCUGCAGCAGACUCAAGGCGGCGGGAACGCCUCCCCGGGCGGUGGUGGAAGUGGAGGAAGCCAACAAGACGAGCAAAAACAACGCGAAUCCGAAGCCCGCACCUCGAUCCUCGCCCAAAUCCUCGAACCCUCCUCCUCGGACCGCCUCGGCCGCAUCAGGAUGGUCAACGCGCAACGCGCCGAAGACGUGGAGAACCGCCUGAUUAUGCUGGCGCGGAGCGGGCAGUUACGGGCGAGGGUCACGGAGGAGCAGUUGAAGGAGAUUUUGGCGGCGGUCGCGAAGCAGAAUGAGGAGGCGGCUGGUGGGGGUGGGGAUGGGAAGGGGGGUGUGAAGGUUGUGAGGAGGGGAGGGUGGGAUGAGGAUGAUUUGGAUGAUUUGUUGAGGGAGGAUUGA